UUGUCCGGGGCGGCAGCGGUGUUGGGGACUCCGGCGGGGAAUGCGCGCCCGGCCCCCUGCGCCCCCAGCACGCCGCGGAGUCCCGCUUGCCAUGGGCCGCCCCCCACCUGUCCUGCCCUUGUGUGCCUCUGUGUCUUUGCUGGGUGGCCUGACCUUUGGUUAUGAACUGGCAGUCAUAUCAGGUGCCCUGCUGCCACUGCAGCUUGACUUUGGGCUAAGCUGCUUGGAGCAGGAGUUCCUGGUGGGCAGCCUGCUCCUGGGGGCUCUUCUCGCCUCCCUGGUUGGCGGCUUCCUCAUUGACUGCUAUGGCAGGAAGCAAGCCAUCCUCGGGAGCAACUUGGUGCUGCUGGCAGGCAGCCUGACCCUGGGCCUGGCUGGUUCCUUGGCCUGGCUGGUCCUGGGCCGCUCUGUGGUUGGCUUCGCCAUUUCCCUCUCCUCCAUGGCCUGCUGUAUCUACGUGUCAGAGCUGGUGGGGCCACGGCAGCGGGGAGUGCUGGUGUCCCUCUAUGAGGCAGGCAUCACCAUGGGCAUCCUGCUCUCCUAUGCCCUCAACUAUGCACUGGCUGGUACUCCCUAUGGAUGGAGGCACAUGUUCGGCUGGGCCACCGCACCUGCUCUCCUGCAAUCCCUCAGCCUCCUCUUCCUCCCUGCUGGUACAGAUGAGACUGCAGCACACAAGGACCUCAUCCCACUCCAGAGAGGUGAGGCCCCCAAGCUGGGCCCGGGGAGACCACGGUACUCCUUUCUGGACCUCUUCAGGGCACGGGAUAACAUGCGAGGCCGGACCACAGUGGGCCUGGGGCUGGUGCUCUUCCAGCAACUAACAGGGCAGCCCAACGUGCUGUGCUAUGCCUCCACCAUCUUCAGCUCCGUUGGCUUCCAUGGGGGAUCCUCAGCCAUGCUGGCCUCCGUGGGGCUUGGCGCAGUGAAGGUGGCAGCUACCCUGACCGCCAUGGGGCUGGUUGACCGUGCAGGCCGCAGGGCUCUGUUGCUAGCUGGCUGUGCCCUCAUGGCCCUGUCCGUCAGUGGCAUAGGCCUCGUCAGCUUUGCCGUGCCCAUGGACUCAGGCCCAAGCUGCCUGGCUGUGCCCAAUGCCACCGGGCAGACAGGCCUCCCUGGAGACUCUGGCCUGCUGCAGGACUCCUCUCUACCUCCCAUGCCAAGGACCAGUGAGGACCAAAGGAGGCCAAUCUUGUCCACUGCUAAGAAAACCAAGCCCCAUCCCAGAUCUGGAGACCCCUCAGCCCCUCCUCAGCCGGCCCUGAGCUCUACCCUCCCUGGGCCCCCUCUGCCCGCCCAGGGACAUGCACUGCUGCGCUGGACCGCACUGCUCUGCCUGAUGGUCUUUGUCAGCGCCUUCUCCUUUGGGUUUGGGCCAGUGACCUGGCUUGUCCUCAGCGAGAUCUACCCUGUGGAGAUACGAGGAAGAGCCUUCGCCUUCUGCAACAGCUUCAACUGGGCGGCCAACCUCUUCAUCAGCCUCUCCUUCCUCGAUCUCAUUGGCACCAUCGGCUUGUCCUGGACCUUCCUGCUCUACGGACUGACCGCUGUCCUCGGCCUGGGCUUCAUCUAUUUAUUUGUUCCUGAAACAAAAGGCCAGUCGUUGGCAGAGAUAGACCAGCAGUUCCAGAAGAGACGGUUUGCCCUGAGCUUUGGCCACAAGCAGAACUCCGCUGGCAUCCAGUACAGCCGCAUUGAGGUCUCUGCGGCCUCCUGAGGAAUCCGUCUGCCUGGAAAUUCUGGAACUGUGGCUUUGGCAGACCAUCUCCAGCGUCCUGCUUCCCAGGCCCCAGAGCACAAGUUCCAGCUGGUCUUUUGGGAGUGGUCCCUGCCCCCAAAGGUGGUCUGCUUUUGCUGGGGUAAAAAGGAUGAAAGUCUGGGAAUGCCCAACUCUUCAUUUUGAGUCUCAGGCCCUGAGGGUUCCUGAGGAUCUAGCUUCAUGCCUCAGUUUCCCCAUUGACUUGCACAUCUCUGCAGUAUUUAUAAGAAGAAUAUUCUAUGAAGUCUUAGUUGCACCAUGGACUUUCUCAAAGAAUCUCAAGGGUAGCAAUCCUGGCUACCCUUGAGAGAGGAAGUCUCUCCCAGUAUCACCCUAAAUCCAAAUGAGGAUAUCAUCUUUUCUAAUCUCUUUUUUCAACUGGCUGGGAUGUUUUGGGAAGGGGGAAGUCUCUUGUUUUACUCUUAUCAUUGUUUUUGAGAUGGAGUCUCAUUCUGUUGCCCAGGAUGGAAUGAUCUCGGCUCAUUGCAACCUCCACCUCCUGGGUUCAAGCGAUUCUUGUGCCUCAGCCUCCUAAGCAGCUGGGACUACAGGCGCAUGCCACCAUGCCCAGCUAAUUUAUUUUUAGUAGAGAUGGGGUUUCGCAAUGUUGGCCAGGCUGGUCGCGAAUUCCUGAGCUCAAGUGAUCCGCCUGCCUCGGCCUCCCAAAGUGCUAGGAUUACAGGCCUUUUGACUCUUUUAUCUGAGUUUUAUUCGUCCCCUCUAAUUCUCUUACCUAGAAUAUUUAUCCUUCGCCAGCAACUCUGACUCUUUGAUGGGAGGCCUCAGUUCUAGUCCUUGGUCUGCUGGUGUCAUUGCUGUAGGAAUGACCACGGGCCUCAGUUUCCGCAUUUGUAUAAUGGGAAGCCUGUACCAGGUCAUUCUUAAGAUUUCUCCUGAUUCCAGUGAGCUGGAAUUCUAAAUGCUGGUCUAGGAGCUGUCUCCAGGAUGGUGCAGGAUGGCUUUGCAGAAAGGAGAUGGGUUUGGAGGCCAACAAACCUGCUUGUCAAUAUUGCCUUUGCCUCUUGGCAGCCCUUGAACUUGAGUAAAUAACAACUCCCUGAACCUCAGUUUCCUCGUCUGCAGAAUGGGUGUAAUUAUGUCCCAGGGGUAUAUUUAGACCCUGUUUCCCUUCAGGAGGGUCCCCAGCUUGUCCAGAGCCUGGGAAAUUUCUACUCAUCCUCGUUACCCUGGUCCCUCCUUUGGACCCUGUAAAGGGUCAGGGUGAAUCAGAUGGGGGACUGAGCAAGUAGCUAUGACCGCAGAUCAUGUAAGGAAGGGACUGACAAGAAGCUCCCAGAUGCUGGGGAGAAUGAAGAGCUAAAAUAGAUCCUAGGUGCUGGAUGCUUUGUCAUCCAUGCCUGCACGUAUGGGUGCUGGCAGAGCCCCCAAGGACUCUGGCCUCUCAAGUUCUCCUAUCUUCUCCAUUCUAGAUGCUUCCCUUGUAUCCAGUGGUGUGCUGGAGCUGGCUUUGCCAAGCUUGUGAGAGCUGGUUGCUACAUUUUCAGGAUUUUUACAAGUUGGCAAACACAGCCAUUAUAAAAAAUUAAAUGAUUUCAAUUUAUAAUUAAGUAAAUUACAUUAAAACAAAAAAA